AGAAGAUUUCAAAGGGAACAGAAAGCAAAGAAUACGCCUGAAAGGGUUCUGCAUCGUGUCUCUGGCUAGCUUGACAGAAAUGUGUCGCAUCCACCAUGCACACAGAUUGGAUCUGCUGGACGACCUGGCAGCUCAAUACUAAUGCCCAUGGAAUUGCAGCCUACUGUGGGAAACGUGUAAGUGUGAACAGGCUGGUUACAAGUUUCUGCCCGUGAAAGCGCCAAAAUUUGGCAGUUUGUCCAAGGGUGCAUGUGCAUGCAUUUCCGUCUCUAUGCCCUCAAAAUACCAUUCUCUCCUCCCUUUGCCUCCGUGUUCCCCGCUAAAGAGACAAUCUGUGCGUACUUUCACAUCGUCAUCGUCCAAGCAACCCGGUAAAGAUCUGGUACUAACCCCUCCUCCCCUCGUUCUGUGUCUCUCCGACUCCUUCCCGACCCACAUCUCCCACUUCUUCCUUCCCCCACACCGGCAUGCCGCCCGGCUCGAGCCGUCUCGCUGCCGCGGCGCCGCCCGCAGCCCACCGCGCCCGGCCCUCUCGGGCCGUGAAGUCCCCGGGCAGCUGCGAAAGAGCCCGUGGCCCCGCCCCUUCCCCCUGCUCGUUCCACCGUUGCCUCCCGAAAUUCCAUCUCCCCCUUUGAAGGAGUGUACGCUGAGCGGGGCGGUCCGGGCACCACCCGCACCGCUUCUGUGCGGCGGCUGCCCCGGGCGCGGCGUACGGGCCGCCGAGCCCCUGCGUCCCAGCAGGACGGGCCGUGCCCGGCGGCGCCGGGGGCCGGGCUUAGGGGACGGGCUAGGGGCCGGCGGAAGGCAGGGAAAGGUCUCAAAGAGGAGGAGACGCGGCGGCGAAGGGAGGUGGGGAGACUGUCCGGCGUGUGCCGAUAGCUGCUCCCGACCCUCCUGCGUCCCUGCCCGCGCAGCCUGA